AUAAAAAAUGGGUCUUGCCGUUGUAACUACCAAGGUUGUAACUUGUAUCCCAGUGCAAACUAUGUAUGUAGACUACCCAUCUUAAAUCUCAAACGACCUCAAAUGUAUGUAGCUGCAUGCACCUAACUACGUCCCUACCAAGUUUUACCUAGAUAUCAUUAUCAAGUCGCAAAACAGAGAAGGUGAUUUACGAUUUACUGAACCAAGGUUUGAACUUCAAUUUGAUCCACGUCACUGAGUGAAUUGUGAACUGUGGUCCACCGCGUCAGAGUGAACUAAGACGUAUUAUCGGAACAAACCAACUAAAAUUCAUGGAACCGUUCACAUGACCUAUUUGCCGUCGCUAUGGUAACAAAUGAAAUUCCAUGAAUGUAAACAAACUUAUCAUUCAUACUGUCAGAAAACAAAAAGAUCACCAUUGAGCUACUAUGCUUCUUUCAACAAAAAAUCUUUUAUUUAUUGCCAAUUCCACGAAAACAACUUUUAGCAUCUAAAAUUAAAUAUGUACAAUGGAAAAGGAGAUGAAUUCAGAUGUUGUAAAAGCCACACAAGUAUCACUCGGCAAAUACGUAAAACGUCCACCUCUUACAGAUAAGUUGCUGAAGAAACCACCAUUUAGAUUUCUUCAUGAUAUUAUAACAUCGGUAUUGAAAUCGACAGGAUUUUUUAGUGGUUUAUUUGAAGAGGAAGAGUUGAUUUCUGACAAUGUAAAAGAUAGAGAAAGUAAAAUAUUAUUUCUCAACAAAAUAAUAACAGUCCUAAGUACUACAACAGGACAACCUUUGUCUAUAAAACCAUCAAAAAUAAUAGCAGGUCAGGAGCCAGAAAAAACGAAUGAAAUGUUACAAUGCCUUGCUCUUGCUUUAGAUAAUAACCUAUCCUCAGAUGAAGCUGUAAAGCUGUAUAAAGAAUCUGUGAAAUUGAAUGGAUCAAAUGACAAAAAAGUCAGAAAUGCAACAAGUCCUGUUAAAAAAAGUACAGACACAAGAAAGUUAAACUCCAGGAGUAGCGAUAAAUCAAUAAAGAUCGUGAAGAGUGAUAAUAAUGUUACCAAAGUCAAACAACGAGAAGUUACUAAUGUUAAAAAAGAGCCGCAUCCAAAAAAAUCAUCGCUAACGCCUAAGACGAUAGUAGCGCCCAAAAAGGUUUCAGAAAAAGUAAAACAAAUAAAUGAUACAAACAAACUAAUUAAGAGUCCAGAUGACGAAAUUUCGCCAAAUAAUGAAAAUUUGGGACCACCACUCGAUCAAAAUUUUAAAUCAGCAGCGUUUGAUAUCCCUCAUGAUACAGGUGUAACGCCAGAAAUAAAUGCUGAUCCCAAUAAUUCUAUUAAUAAAGAAUAUUCACCACUUCAAGAAACUCCAAGACUUAACGAUAAUAAUGAAGAGCCAUUUAAAAUUGAAAAUAAUAUAAUUGAGGAUAAUAAUUUAAGCACUAAUAAUGGUGAUGAAUUAGAAUCAGAACACCAGGAAAAUAAAAAUGAAAGUAAAGAAGAAAACACUGUUUUAAGCAAUAAAAAUGAGGGCCUCGCAUCCCCAAAAAGAACUGAAGCUGAAAACGUUGAGAAAAUAGCUGAAAAAAACAAUGUUGAUGGCCAAAACAUUGAACAUCCAUAUGAAACAAAAAUCUCAGAUACUACAAAGUAUGUAAAAAGACCAACAAGUGUCAGGCCAUCUUCAUCAAGACCAGGUGCACCGAGAUUUCGAGAAAAGCAUGAUAGCAUUAUAUCAAAUGCUGAAAAUCUUGUCAGUGGAAAAGUAAAUAUAAUAGCAGAAAAAACAGUUAAUGAAGAGGAAGAUGAACCUACUAUUGUAAUAAUAGAUGAUACAGAUACUUUAAAAAAUACACAAGAUGAAAGUGCUGAUCUACAGGCAUCAUCUGAUCAACAUGGCCAUUUAGUGCAACAAAUUUUAGAUGCACAAAAAGAAUUUACCCAAGCUGCAGGGAAAACCGAAGUUGAGUGGCAAUUCGGAGCUCAAAAAGCGAGAGAUGUGUUGAAUCAAGAAAUAGAACAAAUAAGGUUUAAUGUACAGGCGUUGUCGCGAGUAGCUAAUCCUCUGGGAAAAUUGUUAGAUCACAUUCAGGAAGAUGUUGAAGUUAUGCGCCAGGAACUACAUCAAUGGAUAACAACCUAUGAAUACGCCUCCAAAGAAUUGUUAAAACAAAAAGUUGCAAAUGAGGAAUAUCUGUUACCACUUUACGCACGGAUAAAGCAGUUAGACGUGGAUAUUGCAGAGAAACAUGAUAAAAUAAAUGAUCUCAAAAUUAUAAUACACAAAAAUGCUUCACGAAUCGAUAAAUUGUUAUCAAGUGGGAGUGUUUGAUACUAAGUACCUAAAAAUGUUUCAUUACGAAUACAUAUUAAUUAUUACCAUGUUUAAAUGGAUUCAUACUUAUUAGCAUUGUUGUAGUUGCACAUUUCAAUCAAUAAAAUGUAAAAAUAGA